AUGUGGUCUUGGUUUGGCGGCGCCGCCGCCCAGAAGCGGAAAGAGGCUCCCAAGAACGCUAUUCUUGGUCUUCGCGCUCAGUUGGAGAUGCUCCAGAAGCGUGAGAAGCAUCUGGAGAAUCAAAUUGCCGAGCAAGAUGCCGCUGCGCGGAAGCACGUUACUACGAAUAAGAAUGCUGCGAAAGCUGCACUGCGACGGAAGCAUCAACAUGAGAAGAACCUUGAACAGACCUCGGCACAGGUUGUGCAGCUCGAACAACAGAUUUACUCGAUCGAAGCCGCCAACAUCAACCAUGAAACCCUCCAAGCGAUGAAGAGCGCCGGUGAGGCUAUGAAGCAGAUUCACGGCGGUAUGAGUAUCGAACAGGUAGAUGAGACAAUGGACAAACUUCGAGAACAACACAUGCUCAGCCAGGAAAUUGGCGACGCGAUCACGAGCAUGCCACUGGGAGAGCAAAUGGACGAGGGAGAGCUGGAGGCCGAGCUGGAAGGAAUGGAGCAAGAAGCUAUGGACGAGCGUAUGCUCAACACAGGACCUACGCCGGUUGGAAGUCGGUUGGAAGGUCUGCCUGCUGCCGGCGCCACAGAACUCAACAAGCCACAAGCGAAGAACGAGGAAGAAGACGAGGAGGCCGAAUUGGCCAAGCUCAGAGCCGAAAUGGCCAUGUAA